CUGGUCCCCUUACGAGACCCUGAAAAGGUCCCUGCAAAUCAUGCAGCCUCGAUGCCACCACCGCAGAUGCACCAGGUAUCUGAGGGAAACUAGAGUAGAAAAAAAGAGAACAUUAUCAUGGAUUCAUGGCACUGAACAACCUGGGCUGCGACGAAUCAGAUCUCGCCGGACGUUAUGCUCCGAUGACGCAGAAGUGAAGUAGUGGCUACAGACAAAUUAUCUGAGGCGAGCGAGGAGCGAGGAUAAAAAUCUAGAGCUCCCUCAAUUCUAGACUCUUCAACAAGAUGAACCCGCCAGAAGACGGACAAUGGACAGCAGCGACAGCUAUUCCGAGGACGAAGCCCUCCUUCUUCUAGACAAGCGACAUUCCGUAACUGAAUCUCUCUUCCGCCUGCCCUACGAUCUGAUCGCCCAUCUCGAGCGCGCAGCGGUACACUCCGAAUUGGGCUAUCCCGACCUGGCAGCGUCAGACAGCUAUAGAGCCCUGCUGCUCUGCGACGAGUGCGCCAACGCCGGCUUCGAGUACCAUGAGCAAGCCUUGGAAACUCUACAGAUUCGUUCUAGAGAUGGCGUCCCAGACGUCCUUCACCGUCCGGGAACCAUCCUUAACCAUGAUGAUCUGACUGGCGGGGUAGAAGCCUUGAACAUCGAUCCCGCCGCCGACGAACAGCAACGACUCUUGCAGAUCGCGCAUCUUGCAUCUAUACGAUGUUACCGCAGCCUUGCCAUAAGCCUGCUGUUGUGCGGCUGCUUAAAGAGCGCGUUCGAAUUCUGCACGCGGGGGUUGGCCGCCGCCCCGGACGACGAGGAGCUUCUCCAAGCUAAGGAAUAUAUUGAGAAGAUGGCCCGGGGAAGACUGAAGGUGGACAACAUUGUGGAGAUCAAUGAUCUGCCUGACCAAGGGCUGGUACGGCGGGAGAUCUAUCCAUGGAAUGACCACGAGCCAAACCGGUUUUCGCCAGAUACUUUGAACUUUCUGAAUGGUCAAUUGCGAGACGUUGCCCCGAAAUGCGAGGUCAGGGUCACCGAGCUACCGACCCUCCUCGAAUCUGCGAGUUUGACGGACGAUUAUGGAAUCAUACCUACGAAUAAGCAAUUGGGGUUGUUUGCUAAAGAAGACAUUGCCCCCGGAGAGACGGUUCUGUUUGAGCAUUCUCUCUUGGCUGCUAACAACCGGUUGAAGGAGACCUUGUGCGAUGCAUGUAGCACGGAAUUACCACCAUUGGGUGACAACAGUCCCGUGGUCGGCUGUCCAGAGUGUGAUGAUAUCAUGUUUUGCAACGAAGAGUGCUUGAGCAGAGCACAAGAGGAAUAUCACCCAGCUGUCUGCGACAAGGAGAUUGAAACCGUUGCCAAGGAUGUCGACCCCCGAGAGAAGACUUCCGCACUAUACCUACAUCUCCUAGCUCGAGCAUUGGCCAUGUCGGUAACCCAAGAGGUUCAUCCGCUUGAGCUCAAGGAAGUAAAGUAUAUAUGGGGUGACUUUCUGCCCAGCCGAGCCAACGCUGUGCCCCACUCCUUGAACGCACCUCCUCCACCCAUCUGGACACUACCAUUCUCCUUCCAAUACAACAUAGCUGGUCCCCUUCACGUGCUCGAGAAGAUGGACAUCGACAUCUAUGCCACUCUAGCAGACUACGAUCUCUGGGUCCUCAAUACACUCUACAGCAAGUUCCGAGGCACGGCCUCAGCCCGAGUAAACAGUCGAACAGGCCACCCAGAAGUAGCAGCCGUCCAUCCGCUCUGGUGUCUCGCAAACCACGACUGUGACCCCAACACGCAAUGGGAAUGGGGCGGGCGAAUGAAACUCUGGUGUCGAGAAAAAAGGAUAGGCGGUCGACCAGGCGGGAUCAAAGCCGGAGAAGAGGUACUGAAUCACUACUGUGAUAUCGAGUUGAAGGUAUAUGAUCGGAGGGAAUGGGCGAAGGGGAGUUUGGGUGGUUGGUGUAUGUGUGAUCGGUGUAGGACGGAAGCUGCGGCGGAGGCGAGGAAUGGACUCGGUCAGGCUAAUGGUUCUUCGUUGGAGACUUUGGUUAAUGGCGUUCAUUAGUGGGUCACAGGGAGGGAGUGGAGAUAUACCAGGGCAAGCACAUACAUAUAGAUCAGGGUAAUAAAUGAUCGUUCUUCUCAAGUUAAUUACCAUAUACGUGCUGUCACAUGGUUCCUUGUCAUACUGUCCUCUAGUCAAGUUCGUUUCUUAGAUACCUAAGCCUUAGGAUCAUACUGUCCCAUGCUUCGUAUGUCUUGAAAUAAGGAUAUCGUUCCGUAGCUUGGGCAGCAUACCCACAUUAUAUCUCACCCCAACU